AAGGGGCGUCGGGUUACAUCUCCGCCUCCUCCGCCUGAGUUGGAGCCGCCCGGGUUGCGGUACUACAGUUGGGAAACAUGCUGGACGCGAGCGGCUGGAGCCCGGUGGCGUGGAUGUGGGCGCUGCUGCUGCAGCUGUUACUGGCGGGGCCCGGAGGCUGCCUGAGCCGUCAGGAGCUCUUCCCCUUCGGCCCUGCUCAGGGGGACCUAGAGCUGGAGGCCGGGGACGACAUCGUGUCUCCCGCUCUGGAACUGAUUGGAGAGCUGAGCUUCUAUGAUCGUUCGGACAUCACGUCGGUCUAUGUCACCACAAAUGGCAUCAUCGCCAUGAGCGAACCCCCAGCCAGAGAACUGCAUCCUGGAACCUUCCCACCCAGCUUUGGAUCAGUGGCGCCUUUCUUGGCUGACUUGGACACGACAGAUGGCCUGGGGAAUGUGUAUUAUCGAGAAGACUUAUCCUCCUCCAUCAUUCAGAUGGCAGCGGAGUUUGUCCAGAGAGGCUUUCCAGAGGUCCCUUUCCAGCCCAUUAGUGUGGUGGUUGUCACUUGGGAGUCUGUGGCCCCCUAUGGAGGGCCCAGUGGGAGCCCAGCCCAGGAAGGCAAGAGAAACACGUUCCAGGCUGUUCUGGCCUCCUCCAAUUCCAGCUCCUAUGCCAUUUUCCUUUAUCCUGAAGAUGGUCUACAGUUCUUCACAACAUUCUCGAAGAAGGAUGAAAACCAAGUGCCCGCCAUGGUUGGCUUUAGCCAAGGCUUAGUGGGAUUUCUAUGGAAGAGCGACGGAGCCUAUAACAUAUUUGCCAAUGACAGGGAAUCGAUUGAAAAUUUGGCUAAGAGCAGCAAUGCUGGGCACCAGGGUGUGUGGGUAUUUGAGAUUGGGAGUCCUGCUACUGCCAAGGGUGUGGUGCCUGCAGAUGUGAACCUAGACCUGGAUGACGAUGGAGCAGAUUACGAGGAUGAAGAGUAUGACCUGGCAACCCCUCGCUUGGGCCUGGAGGAUGUGGCCACCCCACCUUUUCCCUCCCAUAGUCCAAGAAGGGGAGACACUAACCCACAUGAUGUACCCAGCUAUGAGGCUACAGAGAGACCCCAUGGAAUCCCCACUGAGAGAACCAGGUCUUUCCAAUUGCCAGUGGAGAGGUUCUCCCAACAGCACCCCCAGGUCAUUGAUGUGGAUGAAGUAGAGGAAACAGGAAUUGUGUUCAGCUACAACACAGGCUCCCAGCAGACAUGUGCCAACAACAGACACCAGUGCUCUGUGCAUGCAGAGUGCAGAGACUAUGCUACUGGCUUCUGCUGCAGGUGCGUGGCCAACUACACGGGCAACGGCAGGCAGUGCGUAGCAGAAGGCUCCCCACAGCGGGUCAACGGCAAGGUGAAGGGAAGGAUCUUCGUGGGGAACAGCCAGGUCCCCGUGGUGUUUGAGAAUACUGACCUGCACUCCUAUGUGGUGAUGAACCAUGGACGCUCUUACACAGCCAUCAGCACCAUUCCUGAAAGCGUCGGGUAUUCUCUGCUUCCCCUGGCACCCAUCGGAGGCAUCAUCGGAUGGAUGUUUGCAGUGGAGCAGAAUGGGUUCAAGAAUGGGUUUAGCAUCACUGGGGGUGAGUUCACACGCCAAGCUGAGGUGACCUUUGUGGGGCACCCAGGCAAGCUGGUUCUGAAGCAGCAGUUCAGUGGUAUUGACGAACAUGGACACCUGACCAUCAACACGGAGCUGGAUGGCCGAGUGCCACAGAUCCCCCACGGAUCCUCGGUGCACAUUGAGCCCUACACAGAGCUGUAUCACUACUCCAGCUCAGUGAUCACUUCCUCCUCCACCCGGGAGUACACGGUGACUGAGCCUAAUCAAGACGGCUCACACACCCAUGUUUACCAGUGGCGUCAGACCAUCACCUUCCAGGAGUGUGUCCAUGAUGAUUCCAGGCCAGCCCUGCCCAGCACCCAGCAGCUCUCCGUGGACAGUGUGUUUGUCCUGUACAACCAGGAGGAAAGGAUCUUGCGCUAUGCCCUCAGCAACUCCAUCGGGCCUGUGAGGGAUGGCUCCCCUGAUGCACUUCAGAAUCCAUGCUACAUCGGCACUCAUGGAUGCGACAGCAACGCAGCCUGUCGCCCUGGCCCUGGAACACAGUUCACCUGCGAAUGCUCCAUUGGCUUUCGAGGAGACGGGCAGACUUGCUAUGAUAUUGAUGAAUGUUCAGAGCAACCUUCCCGGUGCGGGAACCAUGCAAUCUGCAACAAUUACCCAGGGGCCUACCGUUGUGAGUGCGUGGAGGGCUAUCACUUUUCAGACGGGGGAAUAUGUGUGGCUGCCGUGGACCAGCGGCCUAUCAACUACUGUGAAACUGGUCUCCACAACUGUGAUAUCCCCCAGCGGGCCCAGUGCAUCUAUAUGGGCGGCUCCUCCUAUACCUGCUCCUGUCUGCCUGGCUUCUCUGGGGAUGGCAGAGCCUGCCAAGAUGUGGAUGAAUGCCAGUCCAGCCGAUGUCACCCUGAUGCCGUCUGCUACAACACACCAGGAUCCUUCACAUGCCAUUGCAAACCUGGCUAUCAAGGGGAUGGCGUCCGAUGUGUACCUGGAGAGGUGGAGAAAACCCGGUGUCAGCUGGAGCGAGAGCACAUCCUUGGAAGAGCAGGGGCGACAGAUGCCCAGCAGCCCAGGCUACUGGGGAUGUUUGUACCCCAGUGUGACGAGUAUGGGCACUAUGAACCCACUCAGUGCCACCACAGUACUGGCUACUGCUGGUGUGUGGACCGCGAUGGUCGGGAGCUGGAGGGUACCCGUACCCCACCCGGAAUGAGGCCCCCAUGUCUGAGUACAGUGGCUCCCCCUAUUCACCAAAGACCUGUAGUACCUACAGCCGUCAUCCCCCUACCCCCAGGGACUCACUUACUCUUUGCUCAGACUGGGAAGAUUGAACGCUUGCCCCUGGAGGGAAACACCAUGAAGAAGACCGAAGCCAAGACCUUUCUCCAUAUCCCUGCAAAAGUCAUCAUUGGACUGGCCUUUGACUGUGUGGACAAGGUGGUUUACUGGACAGACAUCAGCGAGCCUUCCAUUGGGAGAGCCAGCCUACAUGGCGGGGAGCCAACCACCAUCAUUCGACAAGAUCUUGGAAGCCCUGAAGGCAUUGCCCUUGACCAUCUUGGCCGCAACAUCUUCUGGACAGACUCUCAGCAGGAUCGAAUAGAAGUUGCAAAGAUGGAUGGUACACAGCGUCGAGUGCUGUUCGACACGGGGUUGGUGAAUCCCAGAGGCAUUGUGACAGACUCCGUAAGAGGGAACCUUUAUUGGACAGAUUGGAACAGAGAGAAUCCCAAAAUUGAGACUUCUUACAUGGACGGCACCAACCGGAGGCUUCUCGCACAGGACAACCUGGGCCUGCCCAAUGGCCUGACCUUUGAUGCAUUCUCCUCUCAGCUCUGCUGGGUGGAUGCAGGCACCCAUAGAGCAGAAUGCCUGAACCCGGCUCAGCCCGGCAGACGCAAGGUUCUCGAAGGGCUCCAGUAUCCUUUCGCCGUGACGAGCUAUGGGAAGAAUUUGUACUACACAGACUGGAAGACGAAUUCAGUGAUCGCCAUGGACCUUGCUAUAUCCAAAGAGAUGGAUACCUUCCACCCCCACAAGCAGACCCGGCUCUACGGCAUCACCAUCGCCCUGUCCCAGUGCCCCCAAGGCCACAACUACUGCUCAGUGAAUAAUGGUGGCUGUACCCACCUCUGCUUGCCCACUCCGGGGAGCAGGACCUGCCGAUGUCCUGACAACACCUUGGGAGUUGACUGCAUUGAGCACAAGUGAUGACAAGAACGCCUUGAUCCCUCUCCCAGUAUUUCACAGCAACACCCUACUUGAAAUGACUUGAUCUGAAGAAACGACUGACUGAAAAUUGUCCUGCAGUGGAGUGACCACUAGGCCCAGGUCUAGCCUAACCUGAGCCCCCACAACUGCCUCUCAAUCUCCCCUAAAACAGUCACCCCGCGCUCAGUAAUGGGAAGGUCUCUACCCCAACAUGAGGGCAGGACCCCCACAUACUCCCUGACCCCAGUCUUCAGAGAGAUUAUAGAGUUCUGGGUAAAAAGCCAGCAUAGUGGUGCAUGCCUGUAACCCUAACACUUGGGAGGUGGAGGCAGGAAGAUCAGGAGUUCAAGGUUAAUCUUGUCUAUGUAGCAGGGUUCAAAGGCAGUCUGGAUUACAUGAUGCCCUGUCUUCAAAAAAAAUUUCAGGGUGAAAAUUAUGUGCCCAUGCCAGAGCCAUAGGACCUUUCCUAAUCUUAGACUCCUCCAUGGUAAGCGGUCUCCCGAAGACCUAAUCAGGCUACUUGUCUGUAGCUUUACAAGCUCAGUCGUUACUCUGAGGUGCCUGAGAGCCUGUCAGGUUCUUAACAUAGCACCUAGGCCCAGCUUAGGCAAGGUUAUGAGUCAAACUUUUUCUCUUGGUACUCUAAUCUCUGUCUUUAUGCUCCCAUCUAGCGACUGUCCUGUUCUGUACCACCUUCACCCUGUCGAAGACUCUAAAUUUCGUGAGCAUGAUUUGUCAUGUGAUCAAAGGCCAACUUCUCCUAGGAAUUCGUGGUAUUUGGUGGAUGGUAACAAGCAGCCCCUCCCAGAUGGAAAAAUCCUGGUAUUUCAGCAGUAGCCAUUGAUAAUCGAGUGAGCAAGUCAAAGAACUGUCCUGUAAGAGAAAUUUCAAGACUCUAGUGUCGAGAUGUUUGAGGAUAGGGGAUUAUUAUUUUGAUGUGUCUUGAAUUGUAGCAAAUUCUUCCUCUUUGCCAAAGUACCUGUAUUAGCAUCUGGUCUGUGAUGCCAUGUGAGUCUUCAGCCCCACUCCUUGUACGGGUUUCCAAGUAUUCUCAUGGAGAGUCAUUUGGGGCCCAGGCUGGGGUAGGGCUUGAAUAAAGUAGUGGCCCAUCAUAGUCCCUUAAUUUUAGAAUUGUAUCUUUGUUUCUCCCUCUCUCUAUGGCUUUUUCUGGCUAGAUCUCCAUCUGAAGACCCAAUCUGGGAAGAUCUAACUGGGUGUUUCUACUAGUGGUUCAGACCCUUAAUUGCUCAUUGUGCUCAUUGGUGAAGUUCAAGGGACUGAUGCUGCCUUGCAUGUUUCUGUCUGCUAUUUGUUUCAAAAAUAGCCCCUGACCAUAUGCAGAGCCACUGCUCUAUUUUUCUAUCUCCAUCUAUCGAUCUCUCAUCUAUCUAUCUAUCUAUCUAUCUAUCUCUUUUUUAACCACUUCCAAGACACUUAAAGCAAUAGAAAUUUUGGAUUGAAAGUGAAGCAUCAGAAGUUCAAUUCAGCACAGUGUAGGGUAAGGGCGUAGACAAGCCUUAGUGGGACUGUGGAUGGAGAAGAGGAAUGGAAAACCCAAGAGGAAAUGGUGGGGAGGGGUUUAAAGGCAGCUAAAACUAAAACCCUUAAAUAACUUCAGAGAAAAAUGGCACAUUUUGCAAACGAAUGUUUAACCUUGAAGACAUAGAAGAUCUUGUGUGAUGCUUUUCUUGGGGAACGGAGGCCCUACCUCCUUUUCUUCUAGCUUUAUCACUCUCAGCCUCCAAUCCCAUCUCCUCUUACCUCCAUCUCAACCUGCUUACAUUGGACCGGGAGCCUGAACUGGGAGGCAGUCUUUACUUAAAUGAUUGGAGUUUAUAUCACAAGAUUUAGGGGCCGUGUGAAUCUUCUGUGCAGCCUCAUCGGGUAGCCUUAGUUGUUUUUAGUCAUUUUUAUGAAGCCCCCUCUCUCACGUUCCUCAUGAUAUCCAUCUUUUAUAACUUUUAUUCAUUUUACUAGAUUACUUCUAAAAUGUUUUACAUGGUAAAUUCUUAAACUGUGGAAACCACUGAAGGUGCUUAUUAAUGGUUCUCCAGAUGUAUACAAGUAUUGGAUGACUCCUUGAGUUUACAGUUGUACAAAUAUUAGUGCAGAAAAUUAAAAAAAAACUGUUAGAAAUAAAA